GGUCAUUUUAGAUCACGAGUCUAUUGUCAGUAGUGACAAAAAUGAAGCUAGCUGUGGUCCUUGGAAAGAAUCUUGUGCUGAAGGGUAGACAUUGGAUCCAAACCGCAUUGGAAAUCGUGGUGCCAUGUCUUCUCUUCAUAGCUUUGGUAGUCAUCCGGUCCGCUUUAAAGGUGGACACGGUCAAUGAGGAUCCUGGAGAGCCGUCUCAAGAAUACGGCAGUUUUUUGGAUGAUCGCUCCGGAAUGCGGAUGUUCUGUUGGUCCAAUGGGUACGGUGAGGGAGCGACAUUGUAUGUGGCGCCAAAUAGCUCCAAAUACGCCCAAAUAUUUGUGGAACAAUUCAACACGGCUGGCUAUAAAUACUGCCAAGACCAUAGAUGGACGAAUGCUGAAGACUAUGUCGUUGCCGAGUUGAUUGAAUCAGAGGAGGACAUUGUGGAAAAGUACGCAGAAUACGUUGCAAAUGAAAAUAACUUUUUCAAAGGCAGACAAAAUGAUGAUCUCAAACAAAGCCAAGUCUAUGGUGGAAUAAUUUUUGAGCCAGACCAAAGCUUUACAAGUCCGCACUUGAACUACAAAAUCAGGCUCGGCUACCAGCGUACUUACUACGUGGAGACCCAAACCCAGUAUCUGUUCGAUCCGUGGUUGAAAUACGAUUACUUCAGCACAUCUGACGCCAUUUACAAUUACGAAGAGGAGGUUGCCAUCCAGAGUGUUAUUGACCUGCUUUAUUUGCAAGGCCGAUUUCGAGAGGAGAUAUUCAUUCCUGUUCACACCAACUUCACAGAUGGCAAGCUUAAACUUUCAGUCUCUGAUCAAGGGAUCGCCAUCCCUUCCCGAUCUACCAACUUCUUGGCCACUAUUUUGGACUACAUAAUGCCCAUUUUCGCCGUGAUUUCAUUCAUGUUUGUGGUACCUCCAUUGCUGAAAAGAAUUGUUCAAGAAAAAGAAAGUGGAGUCAAGGAGUUUAUGAAGAUGAUGGGCUUGAGUGGCUACAUGAACUGGAUAGCUUGGUUUAUCACGGCCUUUGUCUCUUGCCUGAUCACGAACUUGGUUAUUCUACUCUUGCUUGGGGUGAAUUUCUCAUUGGGACCAGUGAUCCAAUAUACCAACGUGUUCAUCGUGUUCAUCUCUUUAACACUGUACAGUGUGGCAUUGAUUUUCAUGCUGUUUGCAAUUUCGACCUUGUUCAACAACGCAAACUUGGCGUUGGUGGCGGGAAUUUUGCUCCACUUGAUCACGUUCUUCUUUCCUUAUGGAGUAUUGAGUCAAAACGACCAAUUCUAUGUGUCAGUUAGUAUGGGGGCCAAAAUGGGGAUGUGCUUAUUGCCCAAUGUGGGCCUUUGGUUGACCUUCAAGGGAGUGUUGGGGGCGGAAUCUGCAACGUCUGGCUUCACCUUUAGUGAGAUCAAUGAAGCUCUCAUACCUGGAGACAAUAUCACUAUGCUAUAUAUUUGGCUCAUGUUUCUGGCCUCAUCGCUGAUUUAUGGUGUCAUCAUCUGGUACGUGGACACCAUCAAACCAGGUCCUUUUGGUCAGGCCAAGCCAAUCUACUUCCCAUUCAUGAAAUCUUACUGGUUCACAAGGAAGGGCCAUGAGGACUAUGGAAAAUCGAUUGACAUGGAUGAUUACAGCUCUGUUUGGGAACCUGAACCCGAAGGGCGGCCCGGGGUCAAAGUUGUUGGAUUGAGGAAGGUCUUUAAAAAACCAGGAAGCGCCCCGUUUGUGGCCGUAAAUGACGUGAGGUUUUCGGCCUUUCCCGAUCAAAUCAUGGCCUUAUUGGGUCACAAUGGUGCGGGCAAGACGACAACCAUGUCCAUCCUAACAGGUUUGUUUUCAAGUUCGGGUGGAACUGCACAGAUCAAUGGGUUAAAUAUCGACACUAGUAUGGCAAAGAUCCGUGGCGAUCUGGGUCUCUGUCCCCAACAUAACAUGCUGUUUGCCAGUCUCACUGUUAGGGAGCACUUGAUUUUCUUCGGAAUGUUGAAAGGAAUGUCCUGGAAAGAGGCCCGACGGGAAUCGAUCAGUGUGGCUGACCGCGUGAUGCUCUCCGAGAAAGUAACUAAUAUGUCUACAGCUCUCUCUGGCGGCAUGAAACGGAAGCUCCACUUGGGGAUAGCCUUGAUGGGCGACUCCAGAGUGGUGCUUUUGGACGAACCCACUUCAGGCAUGGACCCUGAAGCUCGACGAGAAAUUUGGGACCUUCUCCUGGACAUGAAGAAGGAUCGAACGGUCAUUUUGACUACCCAUUUUAUGGAGGAGGCCGACGUUCUGGGUGACCGGAUUGCAAUCAUGGCAAAAGGCCGGGUCCAAUGCUACGGCUCGUCGCUCUUCCUCAAAAGAGCCUACGGAAGUGGAUACCGCCUGACCAUGACCAAAGGGCCCGAUUGUGACUCCUCCAAGGUCAAAAACACCAUUCGGGAACACAUCCCCGAAGCGGUGACGCUCAGCAAUGUCUCUGGGGAGUUGGCCAUGAGUUUGCCCACGGAGAGUGAGGAAAAGUUCUCGGAUCUGUUGAAGCGUCUCACUGAUAUGAAAUCAAGAUUGGGGAUUGCCAACUUUGGGCUCAGUGUGACCACAUUGGAAGAUGUAUUCUUGAAAGUUGGGAGCAAAACAGAGGAUACUGAAACCCUUAACCAGGCGCAAGGACAACAAGAGAAACCAGUCCAAAGGUCGGCCUCGAUUGAGAGUGGACACAGAAAAAGAACGUUACCGGAGAAACGAGAAGAUUUGGUCUCGGGUUUCAAGCUCUGGUUUCUUCAAAUGAAGGGCCUCAUCACCAAAAGGAUGAUUCAAACCAAACGAAAUUGGAUGAUGUAUUUGCUAAUGGGUUUGGUCCCCAUGAUAAUGGCAAUUCUCUCGGGGGUGGUUGUGAACCUAGUGUCCGAUUUGGGCGGGACCUCAGAGUCCGAACCUCGCCGGAUGACCUUCGCGGACUAUCAAGAGGACAACACGGUGACCCUGAUCAACCGGAACUUCACCUCGGACUAUGCCAAUCGUUCAUACGACGUGUUCAUGGAUUACAUGUCCAACUUCCCCAAAACCAAGGUGGUUGAGGUUGAAAAUUUUGAUAACUACAUCAUGAAGAACGCCGAUAGCCAGGGUAUGGAAAGAUACGGUCGCAAGUACGUCUUGGGCUUCUCCACGCACGAGUUCAAUUACGAUUGGCAUAACGACAUAAUUGUAACCACCGAACUGAACGCCCACUUCAAUGUGGUGCCGUUACACGCUCGUCCCAUGGCCAAGAAUUUGUUGGCCAACAUGUUAAACAAGAUGCUGGUCAAUCCGGCUGCCUCCUUGGACGACAUCCAAGUGACCUACGAGCCCAUAGUCGUUGAGAAUGACUGGGACCGAUUUUGGUACGGAGAUGUCAUGUUCUACCCGAGUGUCUUGGUUUACUCCAUCCUCCUCUCCGUGUCCUGGAUCCUCUUCUUCGGCACCUUCAUCAUCUUCCCUAUCCGAGAGCGUCUCUCCCAAGCCAAGCAGGUUCAAAUCAUGGCGGGCGUCCAUCCGAUCACCUUUUGGUUAGCCAAUUUAGCGUGGGAUUUCCUCAUCACAUUGGUGAUCACCGUGUUGGUGUUGGUCCUUCUUUGUGUCUUGGACGCGAGGAACCUCUUCACAGAGCCUGAAGCUUGGGGCGGAUUGGCCGUGGUUCACGUUCUUUACGGGCUGAGUGCCCUCCUCACCGCUUAUGUUUUCAGCUUCGCCACCAAAUCUGCACCCGCAGCCUUCGCUUUCUACGUUCUCGUGGCUUUGGUUUGUGGUGUGGUCAUCCCUAAUGGAGUUUGGUUCAUGAGUCUGGUGGAUUACGAGGUCUUGGACGAGACCGAAUAUUUAAGUACCAAUUCGUCGGGUCCCAAUUUGGGCCUGAUCAGUGACUGUCUUCGCUACUCAAUCGGCCUCUUCUCGGCCAUGCCCAUGACCCGAGCCAUUAUGGCCAUCACUCAGGUAUCAGAAGAGAAUGGCCGAUGCAUGAAUAACAUCCCCUCUGAUGCUUUAAACACAUUGUGCCGAUCAUUCGCCAACAAUCCGUCUUUAUUGGAUCCCGACAACGGGUGGCAAAUCAACCUGAAUGUGGCUUCCUGUUGUGACGAACGCUUCGUACUCAACCAGACCAAUGCCAUCUGUAAUACCAAUGUCACUUAUGAGAAUAACUACAAUGAGAUCGUGACCUACCAAACGCCUCCUUGUCCUUAUCAGGAACCCCUCUUCUCCUUCGAUAGAGUCAAGGGGAUCAAUAUUGACCUCCUCUACUUGGCUCUGGACUCGGUCAUCUUGCUGUGCUUACUCUAUGGUUUGGAAUCUGGUUACCUUCAAAGAGGUUAUGCUCAAGUUUACAACUGGGUUUGUCGCUCCAAGCCCAUCUAUGAACCUGAACCCCUGUUGGACCAGGAUGUGACUGAUGAGCAGGACCAAGCACUGAAAGCACUUCAGGAACCGGAAUCUGCCGCGCUGAUUGUCAAUAAUUUGGCAAAGAACUUCGGGAAGUUUAGGGCGGUCCGAGGACUCAGCUUCACUAUCAAACAUGGGGAAUGUUUUGGUUUCUUGGGCGUGAAUGGGGCCGGGAAAACCACCUCAUUCCGUAUGUUGACCGGUGACGAGUACAUGACCGAGGGUCAAAGCAUUCUCUACGGCCAGGAUUUGGGUUCUAACCGGCGCAAAUAUUUGCGCCAAAUUGGAUAUUGUCCGCAAUUUGACUCCAUCAUCGAUGUACUCACUGGAAGAGAGAUUCUGAACCUUUUUGCACAUAUCCGUGGAGUCCCUAAGAGAAGAAUGCAGGAGGAAGUGAACAAAUGGAUUGAAUUUGUUGGUUUGAUGCAGUAUGCGGACCGAAAAUGUGGCCAAUACAGUGGUGGGAACAAGAGGAAGCUGAACGUGGCUCAAGCCUUGGUGGGUGACCCGCCCAUUAUUUUCCUGGACGAACCAAGUACGGGGGUGGAUCCCGUGGCUCGGCGGAAACUGUGGGAUGCCAUAACAUCUAUCAAAAACCGAGGCCAAUCCGUCGUUUUGACUUCUCACAGCAUGGAGGAGUGUGAGGCUCUAUGUGACCGAAUUUCUAUCAUGGUCCGGGGCCAAUUCCGUUGCAUGGGCGGGCCACAACAUUUGAAAAAUAAAUUCGGCCAGGGAUUCACUGUGAUCAUGAAAAUGAAUCAAUCUCACCCCAAUUAUCAAUCUGACGAAUCCAAAAGCAAAAUCAAAGGCUUCAUGACUCAAAAGUUUCCCUCCAUUGUUGUCAAAGACGAGCACAAGGACUAUGUUCAUUUCCAUAUUCCGGAUGUCAAUACCCCGUGGUACGUUCUGUUCCAAUCGAUGCAGGAAGCCAAAGUGAACUUCCCGUUUGUUCAAGACUACGCGCUAAAUGAGACCUCCUUGGAAGAUGUGUUCCUUCUCUUUGCCCGAGGGGAAGGGAAUAAGUCCAAUCCUGACGAGGGACCCAUGGGUGCAUCAUUGGGAACGGUCAAUGAAGGCUUUGAAUGAUGAUUAAACAGAGACACGUGUCGGGUACUAAACUUAUGCUUAUCAUGAAAUCAAAGAAUAUCAGGUCUGUCUGGUGGCAUUUUCACUGUCACAAAGAGUCUUCCAUCAUUGAUCUGUUAACAAAUGGAUUUUGCAAGCGUAACAAAGAAUGUCAUACAAUGAAAAGAUAAGAUAAACAUGGUGGCAAUUU